UCUCCCCACUUUAUGUAAACAUUCUGGAGUUCCGUCGACUGUUACAAAAUCAACUUUCCUUAAGAACCCUCGUCCCUUCCAUUAUUCUUUUAAUUUUUAUUGAUAUUUCCCGCUUCUGCUUAGUUAUUAGUUAUUCGUAAUUUUUCUUUUUCAUUUUAGUUUUCAUUGUAAAACUCUUUUUGUUUGGAUAAUACAAAAUUUCUGAUUAGUUCUAAAAAGUUCUAUUGGGGAAUUAUUUUUAUCAUUAUUUUGCAGGAAUUUUUUUUUUUUUUGCAUUCUUUUUAUUCAACUUAUUUUGUGCCACUGCCAAACUUUGGUUCAAGUACAGAUAGUAAUGAAAUUUGGAAUAUUUUAAUAAUUUUUAUAUUUUUAAUGUCUAAUUUUAGGUUUUAUACCUUGGAAGUACAGAUUCUAUUCUAAUGAGUUGUCAUUCACCUGUUGAUAGUGUUAGUUACUUUCAUACGUUGCACGACGGUGGUGAGAUCAAUCCGUUUUGACAGUGUGUGCAUUUGUGGUGGAUGCCAAAGCUUUGGCAAAAUCAAAGAGAGCUCAUUCUCAACACCAUAGUAAAAAGUCUCAUUUGAGUCAAAAACUAAUACCUCCAUCAGCUGGUGCUAAUGAUGCUGCAAAUGCAAAAAUGCAGACAGGCAAGCAAAUUAGAGAGAAAACGUGUCAGGCUCAGCGUGUAUCUGCACUAGCAUCGAAUUGGGAUCGCUAUGAGGAAGAAUUUGAUUCGGGUUCUGAAGAUCCAUCUGGUGAUACUGCAAGUCAAGCUCCUGAUAUUAUUGUUCCUAAGAGUAAAGGGGCUGACUUUCGUCACCUGAUUGCCGAGGCACAGUCUCAGCUGCACUCAAAUCCUUAUUCAGAUAGCCUACCUUCUUUAGAUGAUGUUCUGCCAGGAGACUUCAAUCAGUUUGUAGGCUCUAUGCUUGCAGUCAGGGGAGAGGGUAUUCUGUCAUGGACUGGGAAUGAUAAUUUUGUUGUGGAAGACAGAACAACUGCACCUCCUGAGAAUGCAGAGAGAUCAAAGGUAAACAGAAAUCAGGAAUCUGACCAAAUGCAAACAACAUCUGAUCGAAUAGCAGCUGCAAAGAUAACUGAAGAACUAAAUCUAAAUGAUUUUCCUGAGACGGUCAACUUUGCAGCCAAAAAUGUUGGGCAUAUGUCAUUUGAAGCGGCAGCUGCAGAGGCAGAAUUGGAUAUGCUUCUUAAUUCUUUCGAUGAGACUAAAAUUCUUGAUAAUUCUGGCUUAAAUUCCAAAAAACCCUCAAGUGAUUUUCGCAGAGAAGGUUCUCCAUCUCUGCCACAACUUGCAAGAAAAGGCAUUGAUUCAUCCAAAUCUGCUGUCAUUACUACCAGUUUUGAUGGUUUACUUCUUGAUUUAUUACAAGAAACAUCCACACGAUUUGAUGGUUUGUUAUUAAUUAGAAACCUCACUCAUGUAAACCAAACUGAUGGAUAAUUGCUGAUCAAUAUGGCUGUACUCUUCCUUUCCAAGUUCAAUGCGUUAGCUUUUUGUUUCGUGCUAGGAGCUGAAAUAUAUAUUCAGGCGUCUUUCUAUAGUAUAUAGGCUCUUUCUGUAUUGGGGAAUUUUGUAUCACUUGUACAUUUGAUGUUGGUGAGACGCUUGCCAUGUUGCCCGAAUGUCAAUUUCAGGGCCACGAUUUAGGUGAGGAGGAGAAGCUAAGUGGACCUUAUCUUACUUUUACUUGAUUACACCAACAGGAGCACGACAUCUGCCCAUGUGCUCACGCAAUUAGCAUUAGGUGUUUCGUAAUACCAAAACGGAGAGAUAUGCUAACCUCCAUGUGAUGCAAGAAGCUAACAUCUCAUCUUUAACACAAAACAAAUGUUUCAAGAUAGAAAAAUUCAGUCAACAAGCCUGGAAGCCUGGAAGCAGAUUUGAAUUAUGAAUACCAAUAGUCAAGAAAAGACAGUCAUCCAAGAAAGAAAUAACUUAGAUCAAAUCAUCCAAUUCCUUGAGAAUCAUUCUAAUCGAAUCAAUAAUCCCAUUUCAACAUGUCAAGAAACAGAAAAGUAGAAAAGAAGAAGAAUUGAUAGAAGAUGUACUAUCUUGAUUGGUAUUUCUUUGUAACAAAGUUACCUUCCUAAUUGGGUUAAUUCUAAAACCAAAAUAAUAAUAAUAAUAAUAAUAAUAAUCUUCCAUUUUCUGGCGAACAAAGCUCUUUCGAGUCAGAAAUUAUCCAACCAAACCUAUACAAGAAAUUUUUAAAAAAAAAAAAAA